AUGGCCGGAGCUGAGUUCAUCUCCAACUGGAUGAAGGCCCAGAAGCCGAUGGCGCCGCAAAUGAAGAACGCUCCAGCAUUCUAUCGCGGCCUUGAGGAAAGCCUGGACGUCAAGAGAGCGAGCCACGCUAUGUUCCCUCGUGUGAUUGCGGCUUGGAAGAGCGGAGAGUCCAUUGACUUCUGUUCCAAUGAUCUGCUGUCCAUGGGCAAGACUGGCAAGAUGCGAGUCGCUUUUCUGGCAGAGCUGGCAAAGCACCCAGAUUUCGCCAUGUACGCUGGCGGCACCCGCAUCAUGGAUGGCAACUACGAGUACCUGGAACAAACGGAACAAGAAGUCGCUGACUUCCACGGCGCGGAGUCUGCACUCAUGGUCAACUCUGGCUGGGAGGCAAACACUGCGAUUUACACCGCGAUCCCGCGCCCUGGCGAUGUGAUCGUUUACGAUGAGCUGGUACACGCCAGCACGCACGAUGCAAUGGCUCAUUCCCUUGCUGCUAGCAAGGUUCCGUUUCGUCACAAUGAUGUCGAUGCGUAUCGCGAAGCACUGGCGUCUGCGUACGACAGUCAUCCAAUGAUUCGCGAUGGUUCACGCUGUGUCAUCAUCUCUGUGGAGUCAGUCUAUAGCAUGGACGGUGAUGUUUGCCCACUGGAGGAGUUCAUCGAGAUCUCGAAAGAGAUCUUUCCCAAGGGAAAUGCCAUUUUCGUCGUUGACGAAGCGCAUGCUACUGGUAUUCUGGGCCCAAAGGGCGCAGGUCUCGUAUCCAAGCUUGGCCUGGAGAAAGAAAUUGCCGUCCGCCUCCACACGUGCGGAAAGGCUUUGGCGUCUUCUGGAGCUUUCAUCCUGGGAAGCCAGACCGUUCGGCGUACGCUGAUCAACUAUGCUCGCUGCGUGAUCUAUACGACUGCUCCGUCGUUUCCAUCAGCGGCGGCGGUACGUUCUGGAUACGGUCUUCUGCGAUCUGGAGCGACAGAAGAGGCUCAAGCCAGGAUACAAUUCCUCGUGAAGUACUUCUUCAAGACCAUCACUUCGAAUCCCGUGUGGGAGAAAGCUUCCGAAACCGGAAUUCUCGCCAUCCCAGUGGCGGAUGACUGGGAAAAUACCGAGUGGCACGCUCACAUUGUUCCCUUGUGGACUCGUCAGCGAUACAACUGGUUCCUCGUUUUCCACCUGCAGCUCGCCGGCAUCUCGGCCCUUCCUGUCGACUAUCCCACUGUCCCAAAGGGUCAAGGUCGGAUCAGACUCAUGUUCCACGCCGCAAAUACCGAGGCUGAAGUGGACCACCUGGCGAAGACUGUCUGUGACUGGGCGCAGGAGAUGAUUGAUAUCGAGAGUGGAGUGACGGAGGUCAAGAUUCCCGUCGCUGCACAGCAGGCAUAUGCUUUGAUGGCCAUGUGA